AAAGAACCUACUAACAACCGCGUCUCUCACGAUUGCAGCAGUUACUUGUUGCACUGACUAGGCCUCUGUUCCUCUGCUGCCGCUUUAUUGCAAAUUAGCUGGCAACCCAAAACGUUGUUAGUCCUUAGGAAGUAGCCGUUCUCUGCUUGAAAAUUCCUGACAACGGGGCUGCUUUUGCACUUUUUGCAACAACGGUUACAUGCUGCUCGGACAGAAAAGGGCCAUCGCGGCCCCAGUAGUGAAACCAGAGGGAAAACAACACAGCACACAUGCUACGUCUCUAGCGCCUUGUGGGCCUCGCGGGUCAUCUUGCUUGGCAAGGGCUCGCGUCGGCAUCAGCUUAGAGACUCACGCUGACAUAUCAAUUGGGCGUCACAAGCCCAUCUACAAGAAUGCUAACUUCCCGACUGAUGCAGAAGGGCGGACAUACCACCUUGGGACAAAGGAGGGCGAAGUAGCACCGCGCAUUCUCAGCGUGGGGUCGGUCAGUCGAGCUCAACUGCUUAGUACGCUGUUGGACGCGCCCGCCCCCGGUAAACCGCUGUUCCAGCGGACUUCCAGCCGAGGAUUCCUUACGAUAACAGGCCUCUAUGAGGGCCAGCCCGUUAGCAUUGUCAGCACGCACAUGGGCAUGCCAAACAUGGACUUUGUCGUACGCGAGAACAGGGCUGUCGUACGUGGCCAGAUGGCCAUUGUACGGCUGGGCACGUGCGGUGCCGUACAACGACCCGCCAAGCUCGGUGACCUGCUCAUCGCCAGCCAUGGAUCCAUCUCAAUCCGCCGUGACCCAGAUUACUGGUCGCUACUCGAAUCCGCGUCACACCACCACACAGCUGGAAACGGCGACAGCAACUGCGCCAGCUGCAACAACAACAGCAGCAACAUGAAUGGUCUCGCAGUGCAUGCAAGCAUCAACACCAACGGUGCAACCGCCGGGACAAACGGGCAGACGCACGGUGCCGGCAGCAACAGCAGCAACUGCAUGAUAGGACGCAAGCCCUACACAGUCGCCAUGCGGGUGCCCGCUGACGCCCAGCUUGCAGCGCUGCUAGCUGCCGAGGCGGAGCGGGUGGUGGGGGCGGAGCGGGUGGUGCACGGCCUCAACGCCAGUGCGGACAGCUUCUACAGCAGCCAGGGCCGCACCGGUUCCGACUUCGACGACCGCAACGAGGGCCUGCUGGGCGAGCUGGUGGCGGCGCACCCCGACCUGGUGUCGCUGGAGAUGGAGACGUUCCAGCUGCUGGACCUGGCCAGAUGCAGCAGGGGCUCCAUUAAGGCCAUCGGCAUGUGCGUGGCACUGGCGGAGCGCUACUCCAACGCCUUCCUGGAGUACAGCAAACUGGAGGAGCUGGAGAUCUCGGGCGGUACGGCAGCGCUACGGGCGCUCGUACGGCUACCGUUGGAUGCCAACCUGGCGUCUGCGUCGGUUGCAACUCGUACGACAGACGAGGGGGCGGGAACGGCGAGCAUGGAGGAGCGGAGGGUGCAGUACGUUUGGGAGUGAGGUGGAGUAGCGAAGAUUUGAAAGGAAAGCUAGACACCUGCCGGCGUGACGGCGAGGUAUGGGUUGUUGCGACUGUGUACUGGAAGAGGGGAAUGCGAGGAGUAACCCGGCCAAGGGUUCCGCACCGUUGUUCGUGCGGGUGUUUUCCCUCGUUCUUGUUCUUGUCUAUGGAAUGGGUUAGUAGUAAUAUGGCAAGCAGAGGCCAGGCAGUGGCAAGGGAUGGCAGGAGAGGAUUUUGAGGGCGCCGUCUUCGCCAUCAUCAACAACAUCGCCACCUGGCUGGUAGCUAGGGUAGCUGAAGUAGCGGGGGGAGACGCGGCUUGUUACUUGCACUUGUCGGCGCAAUGUAUUGGUAUUAUGGAAUGCCAUGUUAGCGUGUUGGGAGAUCAUCGAGGGCAGCCAUGCUAUUGCGUUUUAUUGACAUGUCGAUUGUUACUUGGAGCUUGGAGGUUGUAAAGUUGCGGGUGGUUAGCUGGCUUAUUGUGCUCCCGCGACGCGUUACUGUUUUUAGUUUCAUGGAUAAGUCGGGGGAUGUCUUAUUGCGUAUGGUUGUGAGAGACUGUGAGAGGGUGCCUUACCUCUCAGGAGCUGCCAGGAUAUGCGGGGCCGCAAGACCGAAAGGUUUGGUUUGCACUUCAUUUCCAUGUUGCUGCCGUAACAGACGGGCAAUAACCCUGUAUAACUGAUGCUACAAUAUGGGUUUCGUUUGUUUGCUUGCUUAUUUUCUUGCUGUGUAGGAUGAUGCUUUUCCCUCUGCUAUGUUCCAAGCCCAGAUGAAGCAAAAGAUCACCGUGCCGCAUGUACGAAAGACGCAUGGUAU